AUCUAGAAUUUAGUAUUUAUUUGUCGGCUCAUUUGCAAAUAACAUGGCCAAGAAAUUCAAUCUAAAAGGCUAUGAAGCCCUCAAGACUUCUUUGGCCGAAGUAGCCGGUGCAAAUGAAAUAAAUGUGUAUUUUAGCGGCAGUAAAAGUGAUGCAGGUGUUUCUUGGUGCCCGGAUUGUGUUACAGCCGAACCACACGUAUUGGCUGCAGUUGACAAAUUCGCUAAAGAUUCUGUUUUUAUGUAUGUCGAUGUUGGGGAUAGACCUUUUUGGAAAGACAUGAAAAAUCCAUUUAGAACAGAUAAAGACAUACACAUUCAAGUCAUUCCAACACUAAUUCGUUGGAAGGCACAACAACGUUUGGAGGGAGAUCAAUGUGAGAAGAGUGAUCUAUUGGAAAUGUUUUUUACUGAUGACUGAGUUACUGAUUAGUCAAACAAUAAAAUACUAACUAUUUUUUACUGUCAA